AUGUCCAAGAACGAAUAUUUUAAUACACCAGAUGGUCCACCACCAGCUUUUAGUCAAAGUCAAAAUCAAAGUCUGAAUCAAAAUCAUGGUAAUUCAAGCUACGUUCCACAAGCUCAACCAUCAUAUAAUACUCAACAACAAGAUAGAGCGUUUGGGUAUCAUCACAAUCAACCUCAACAAGGUUAUGGACAAGGUCCUCCACCAAAUGCAUAUUAUCAACAUCAACCUGGAUAUGGUCAACCACCAUAUGGUCAUCCACCACAAGGAUAUUAUCAACAACAACAACCAAUGUAUGUUCAACAACAGAAAUCAAGUAAUAAUAAUGAUUGUUUAAUGGCUUGUUUGGCAGCUAUGUGUGUUUGUUGUACAUUAGAUAUGAUUUUUUAG